AUGGAGGCUUCGGAACCUACCCAUCCUAUCCCAUCAGCCACGGACCAGCCAGCCUCUGUACCUGGCAUGCCAGGAGGCCCAGGUGGGCAGGCCUCACCUCGCCUGACCCUGGGUCCUGUCAUUCUGCCACCAGAGCAGGGUCUGGCCCCAACAGUGUUCUUGAAGGCCUUGCCUGUCCCAUUAUACCACACAGUACCUCCCGGGGGCCUCCAGCCACGUGCACCCCUGGUGACAGGCAGCCUGGAGGGGGCCAGCGUCCCCUUCAUCCUCAGCCCCUUGCUGCAGCCUGAAGGGCCCAGUGCCACCCAGGUGGGCAAGCCACCCACCCCGGCCCUGACUGUAAACAUCGUAGGCACACUGCCUGUACUCUCCCCAGGCGUGGGGUCCGCACUGGUCAGCACAGGCAGGGUGAAGACUACUGGAAAGUACCUGUGCCCGCACUGUGGCCGGGACUGCUUGAAGCCCAGUGUGCUGGAGAAACACAUCCGGUCCCACACAGGCGAGAGGCCUUUCCCAUGCCCCACCUGUGGCAUUGCCUUUAAGACCCAGAGCAACCUAUAUAAACACAGGAGGACACAAACACAUCUCAACAACUCCCGCUUGUCCUUGGAGUCUGAGGGGAGUGGGAGCAGCCUUCUGGAGGAGGGAGACAGGCCCGGAGAGACUGCUUCAGUGGAUAGUCGUGGAGGUGAAGGAGCUCCAGAGAGAGCCCUUUCUCCAGGUGUCCACUCCACCCUUGCUCCAAAGAACAGGGAAAGGAAGGUGGAAUCGGCUCCCUCUCUCAGGGCCACCCUUUCCCAUAGGGAGGCCUCUGUGGAUCAGACCCAGACGAUGUCACCUGAGUUCUCAUUAGCCAGCCCGCAGCCUAGGCGGAAGCUGCCAGACCCAAAGCCAUGCUUCCUGCAGCGACAGCAGGAGACCUGUUCAGAGAAGCCCUGGGACUCCAAGGCCUUGGAGGGCCAGCUGAAGAAAUGCGAGAGCACAGAUUCUGGCUACCUGUCGCGCUCAGACAGUGUGGAGCAGACCCCUGUUGCCUCUAGCCCCUUGCAUAGUCUAUCAGAGCACAGCGCAGAGUCUGAGGGGGAAGGGGGCCCUGGCUGUUCCUCUUCAGGCAACAGGGCCGAACAGGGAACAGCAGGGCCCAGCCUGGAGAUAGAGAAGAAGAAACUGGAAGAACGCAUUGCUCAGCUCAUCUCCCACAACCAGGCAGUGGUGGAUGACCCACAGUUGGAUCAUGUGCGGCCCCGCAAGACUGUGCUGUCCAAGCAGGGCAGCAUCGACUUGCCCAUGCCAUAUACCUACAAGGAUUCCUUCCACUUUGACAUCCGGGCGCUGGAGCCCAGCCGCAGGAGGGUUGCCCUCAGCCCUGCCCGUUCUACCUUUACACCCCUGGAAAAGGCCAGACCUCUCUUUUUCCACUCAGUCCCCACGCAGCUCUCCACCACAGUGGAGUGUGUCCCUGUCACCAGAAGCAACUCGCUGCCUUUCGUCGAGGGUUCUAAGUUGUGGCCAGAGCCACGGGACCCACAGGAUGUUGUUCCAGGGAUGCAGAAGGCCCUGAGCCCCAGGCUCACCCCAGCCCGACUGGGAUGCCGUCCAGGAUUGACCCUGGCAAGCAUCCCCAGUGGUCACCCUCGGGCCCUGGUGAGACAGGCUGCUGUGGAGGACCUGCCAUGUACCCUCACUGGGGACCCCGCAGCUGUUGCUGAGGACCUAGAUGGAAAGAAAACUGCCACAAAGGAGGGUGUGGUGUACAAGGGCAGAGCCAGUAAAAAGUGUAGCCAGAGGAAGCAAAGGAUGUUCUCCCAGGAAAAAUGGCAAGUGUAUGGAAAUGAGACUUUCAAGAGAAUAUACCAGAAAAUGAAGACCAACCAUCAGGGAGGUCAGAAACACAGGGAGGUGAAGCCGGGCCAGGGGACAGAACUGGACCUUCCUCCUCCUCAGGAACGGGUAGAAGGGAGUAAGGAUGCAGGCUUGUCUCAAGACACUAGGAUCCCUAUCCUUGGAGACACUACAGCAGGGGCUAAGCUGGGUUCUUGGGGAAGUGGACCAUCCUUGACAGACUCACUGGAGGCUGAGUCUCCUAAGCAGCUGAAGGCGGUGGCCAGAGUCAAAUCGUCUCCUACCCUUGGCAGCACAGAUGGCCUCUGUUUAAGUGGCAAGAGCCCUUUGCUCUCUCCAAGUGGCAAAUUGGACCUGGGAUGCCAGAUGCCUCCAGUGCCUGGGCCUUGCCAAGGAGGAGACUUAGAAGCUCCUGGGACAGCUUCACCAGACUCAAGUGGUGAGGUUAUAAAAGAAACCAACCCUGGGGCCCAAACUGUCCUCAGACGGUCCAGUGGUGGGUCUGUGGCUCUACAACUUGCAGAAGACAAGUUACCUUCAGAGAGGAAGAGGCUGAAGGUAGAGGGGCUGGACCAUCAGGAGCAGCCAGGGCCUCUAGAAGCUGAGACCUCAGGAGGCUCUGGGCAAGCUGACCCCCAGCCAUCCCAGAAACCGGACAGUGACUCUGAGGAGUUGCUGGGUUGCUCAAAUAAGAGUAUCCUGCAUGUGACCCCAGCCUUGGAGCCAUCAGAUGUCUCCUCAGCUGUUUCUGCUGUUGCCCUGAGAUGGCCAGGGCUAGGAGACAAGGAUUCCCCAUUGUCUUCUGUACCCAAGACUCCUGGGCUUCAUUCGUUGUUGCCAGCCCAGCCCCAGGGUCCUGGAGUUCCUAAUGCUAGGUCAGGUGGCUCCUUUGCUCCCAAGUACCUCCUCAGGUUACCUCAGGGAGAGAAUCUUUCACUGCUAGUUGCUCAAGGGCCUGGAAAAGGCCCAGACUCUCUGUGUAUAAGUACACAGCCUGUAGAACAGGCCCUUCUUGUUGGAUCAGAACUGGAAAUGCUCCGGCCACCUGGAGUACACUCAGGCCCAGGUGAGGCAGGUGACAGCCCAGAGGACCCUAGCUGGUCCAGGGAUAGAAAAGAAGAAGCCCAGAUGGGAAGAGAGGAAAGAGACAGGCCCAAUGACAGCAUCUCAGAGGCUGGAUGUUCUCCGGACACCAGUACCAGGACCAUCCUGGAGACAGCCUCCAUUCUGUCUACUCACACCUGUGGCAUUCACAUGGCCCAGGAUGUAGUGAGUAAGACCCAUGCCAUCCACUGCCUCUGCACAGACAGCCCACCAACAAGAGCUAGGACAUAUGGGAAUCUCUUAAACCCUUGGACAUCAUCCCAGAUGCUGGGGACACCUCCUAAGAAUGCUCUAGAAGAUCCUCCUUCAAAAACCAAGGAAGGGCUGCCUGCCUGCUUUUCCUCUCAAGCACACUAUUUCCUUACAACUUUCACAAAACCCCAGGGUAUUUCCUUGAACCAGCAGAAACUGGCUUUGUCACAUGUCUUAGGAACCCCCAGGACUUGUGAGGAUCCAAGCUCCUUCCCCUCGCUUAAGGCUGAGCCCCAGCUCACAUGGUGUUGCUUGAGUCGAAGCCUGCCCCUGCCUGCAGAGCAGCAGAGGGCAGCUCCUGGACACUUGGCUUCAUCCUUGCCUAAUAGAUACCUCCAGGGUGACAGUAACAAAACACUGCCCAAGAACAGUGGAGGAAGGACCCAGACGAGCCAAGGAGGAGAAGGGUCUACGCAGGCACCUGAGCUUCCCUAUCCAACAGUCCCAGGGCUGAGGGCUGAGGACCAAGUGUCCAGGCCACGGUGGAAGAAAGAACUGUGGCGUAGGAGGGUGAAGACAUCUCAUGAGAACACCAAGCAGAAGAAACUGAUGCUUCACUACAAGAGGUGUGAAGGGAGUUUCUGGCAGAGAGCCAAACGACUGUGCAAACCACCUUGGUUGCCAAGAAGAAGCUGUCUCCCUCACCGACAGCCACAGAGGACCCUUGUGAGGAGUUCGGCAGAAGUGGCAGGUCUAAACAUACAAGGGGAGCCAUCUUGUGCCAGCAAAAACUUGUCUGUUGCUCAUGGGAACAAAGAGAAGGAAGGUGACUGUAGUCAGACUUCAGGACCCAUGUCUCCAGGCAUAAGCUCAAAAACCAUCUUGGAAACAGACAAAUCAACUCUGAAGGCUGUUUCUCCAACCGCUGGUGAGCAUGACCGUUCUCAGGAGAAGGAGCAUGCUGAUGAAUCCGGACAAUCUCCGCAAUCUAAUACGUACUUGGCAGUGUUUCAGGAAGAUCUGCCUCAGGGCAAAGGUCUUGAUGUUGGACCUCCCGGAACUCAGCUACCACCUUCCCAGGAUCAAAUCUCCAUAGUUCCCAACUUGUGCUUCUCCCCAGAUGUUCCAGAGCUGCCUUCUUCCUUUAGAUCCAAAGGAACAUUUCCCCACCAUGACGUUGCUACCUCUGUGGCCACCGUCUGUGUUUCUGCAGGGAUACGAACAGGACAAAAAACACGGGGGGCCCACGGUGCAGAGUCCUGUGCAGAGGAGACUCUGGCACGAAACUCCCCAGACAGAAAAGCCACACCAGACAGUAUACCACAGGUGCUCCUGCCAGGGAGGCCUUCACCUGGUAAACAAUCACCUGGAAAAAGUCUAGAAAUACCACCUUCAGGACCAAGUUCAGUCAGUUCGCACCAGGAGGAAGCAACAGCACAGGCAGAUUUUCCUUUGCGGGGCCAAUAUGGAUUUGGGGAUCUGACCAUCCAAGGUGCUGCUUUAGGAAUCGAGAGUGGGGCUUGUCAAGCUGAAGGAUUAAUUAACCCCAAGACUGUCACAGAUCCUUCUGACCAAGGACAACCCUCAGAAGUCCCCGAAGCCCCUUUGAGAUCCAUCCGAAAGAGGAGUUUGGAAGGAAUGAGGAAGCAGACACGGGUAGAGCUCAGUGACACUAGUAGUGAUGACGAAGACAGACUGGUCAUCGAGAUAUGA